AUAUUUUAUAGGGUCUCCGACGUUUCGUUCUAAGUGUUAUGGGGUUAACUCUCUAAAGUAUUAUGCCAGAAACAGAAUAGUUGUAUACGUAGAAUCUGUUUCAAAUGAUCAUGAUGAAGAUAAUGACGUGUUCAUAAACCCACGCCUCUUAAGCAGUAAUGAUGCGUUUUAUGAAUGUAGGGUCUUCAGCUAAGGUGUCGAACAUCUUUUUUGUGACCGCUAGUCGACAUUGUUUUCGCAUUCAGGUCUUUUGGUAUGUGUCUAGUAUUGAUACGCUUCAUACCCAAAACAUUAACCAAAAUGUGUUGAGUGGAGCUUAUAUCCAAUAAGAGUAUCAUCUUUUAUCUCCCUAGUGCCAACAAGACGAGUUUUAAGCACUGUUUCUUUAACUUUUUCGAUGUUAUCGUCAUUAACAGAGCUGGACGGACAACUCGGAUAAGACAUGAGGCAAAUUUUCGCUUGCUUUACGACCUUUAGUGAAUGCUUUGUGCCACUUAAAUAUCUGUGUUCUUUGUUUCGUGGUCUUCAAUUAUUGAUGAGUCGGACAAUUGUCAAAAGUAUGUUAUAAAAGCGUGUGUUAUAAUUUCUUUGCGCCUAAAAGUAUACGAAAAGUUUACUUACUGCUAUUUGACUGUUAGUCAUCCAUAAAAGCUGUUUAUUUAAACUCACCGUCACAAUAAAAUAAUAUAUUGAUUCGUGCUACAAAAACUCAGUCUAAUUAAGAAUUAAGAAGUUUUCAGAUCUUGAACCUAUGUACGACAACACACGUUCUUGUGGAUGUGUUACAGAAAUCAGUAACAUGCAAUUUUUCUGAUUGAUAAAAUUUUAUAACUGCUUAUUUCAAUUAAUUGAAAAGUAUAAAAAUUUACAGCAGAAUUAUCAGCACUUUACACAAGUGUUCUCUCCUUUUUGUGCUGCACUGUAAAGUAUGCCUGCGGGGGUAAUGAAGAACAUGUGUGAGUUAAGACAAUAGUAUUGUAAAGAUUGCGUUUUUUAUUGUUUCACAUUUUCCAUUAAAUGUUUUCUUAUUUAGGGCGCAGCUGUUGUUUUCAUUUUCAAUUAAAUUUUCAUGCAACGCGAACGCGCUCAUUCGGUGCGGAAGUUGCAGCUUCUAAGUGAAUAAGUAAAUUUGUGAGUUGAAUUAUUUAAUAUUGCCAUCCAGUCAAUUGAGUUUCAGACUCUCUGCGAAGCGAUCACUACGAACUGGUUUCCUUACAAGUGGUUAACAAGUGAAGGCAACAACAAAGCGUUGAUUUGUUGCAGUUGGUGGCGACUGGCAUAAUAGUUUGGUGUUGCAAAUUUAAAUGGUGACGAAAUUGUUCGACUUAAUUCAAAAUGGCCAGUGAGGUGUUGGAUGAUUAACUGGUUAGAUGAACUCGAAGAAAGGAUGCUGCCACAGUGUGUGCUAACAAUACAAAAAUCGUGGAACUCAUCAAGAAUUAUAGAAACACCUUCAACCAGAACAUGAAAUUUGAUUCUUAAAAGAGCCUCGCUAAGAUGAUUCAGAGCCCAUCCUGGAACUAACACAUCGAAAUCUAGAAAAGACGAUAGAGCAUUGCUGCUACAGAACAGGCUGAUGAUUUAAAGAAAAUUUUUAAAGUUUUUGUUUUACCACCUCUGUACUUUUGACAACAUGAAUGAAAUCGAAUUGUGUUCAAAUUUCAUGUAUUGAAAAUUUCAACACAUUUCAACUUCAUUAUAUUAGAAAGUGUAAACAAAAUUGGUAUGUGUAAUCUAAAAUGUAUAUUUUUACACGACAAUCAUAACUUCUCAUAUUCUGUAUCGAAAUUUCAUACAAAAAGAAGGAUGAGGAGCAUUGUCUACAACCGUUAAGAGAUUAUUGAGUAUGUGCCUAGGCUGCUCCUUUCCAGUCCGUUACACCCAAAUUUUGCUGUUGUUCACAUCUUUGGUAUUGACCUUACAUCAGCGUACCAAUGUUCCUGAAGUUAUUGUUGUACUCACAGCCGCCAACGGCACGUACGCUCACUUUAUGCCAGAGGGUUACUCGCUGACGCCGCACGAAAAGUCCACUAUGUUGGGAAGUAUCUAUUGGGGCGCAAUUUUGGUACAAAUACCUAGCGGCUAUAUCUGUAGUGCCUAUGGUAGCGUCAAGCUCUUGUUCUGUUGUCUCUUCUUCUCUUCACUCAUAAGCAUAGUGCUGCCACUGAGUCUGAUUUUUGGCAAUUUCGUCACUUUUAUUUUGCUACGCGCGUUACAAGGCUUGGCGCAAGGUAUUUUAUUCCCCACAAUCUUUGGGCAUCUAGCCAAGUGGUGUCCCCUCAAUGAACGAAGUCUGCUGGGUGGCAUCUCGCAAUCCGGCACGGAGUUGGGUGUAGCCUUGGGUUUGAUGAAUAGCGGAUUUUUAUCAGUGACACGGUUAUAUUGGCCGGCGGCCUUUUACAUACCAGCUCUAGCCGGCUUAGUGUGGUGCAUUUUCUGGUCAAUCUUCGGCGCUGAAUCCCCAUGGACUUCCAAACGUAUAUCAGCUAAUGAACAGCAGCUCAUACAAUCUGUCGGCACUCUUAGUAUGCGCAGGAAAAGCAAGGCCGCCAUACCUUGGUGUGCGAUAGCCACGUCAGUGCCUUAUUUGGUGCUGCUAUUAAAUAAAAUUAGCCACGCCUUUUCGAUCGCGACCAUAGGGCAACAGAUACCCAUCUACUUGAACGGCAUGUACGCUUACGAAAUCCAUAUAAAUGCUUUAAUAUCGUCGCUACCGUUUUUCAUUAUGCUAAUCAGCACAUAUGUAGUCACAAUUAGCUCGCAUUAUUUGCUGAAAGUCAGAAAUGUGCGUCUGUCGCUUGUCCGCAAGUCUUUAAAUACGAUCUCGAACUGGGUGCCCGCCACUGCAUUGGCCACUCUGAGUUUGCUGUCAAAGGACAAUGCGGUGGGCAAUAUUUCCUGUAUCGUUAUCAGCGUCGUCGCAUUUUCGACUUUUACGCUUGGCAGUUCCUUGAAUCAUAUUGACUUAUCGCCGAAUUUUGCUCCGCUUCUCUCUGGUAUUACCGGUAUAUUUACUAUGCUAGCGGCCAUCAUUUCGCCGAUAGUUGUGGCAGAAGUCGUAAAGAAUGAGAACGAUCCUUGGCAAUGGAAUAUUAUAUUUUUGUUUACAGCAGCUUUCCUCUUCAUGACGAACUUGUUGUAUUUGCUUUUUGGACAAAUGGUUGCGCAGCCGUGGAACGAAUUGCAGAUUAAUGAACCGAACAAUGAUAAUAAUGAAGUGACUUAAACACUAUUACCUAAAGCACAUGAAGUCUUCGACUUAACCAUGAUUUAAUAAAAAAACGAUGAUUCCAAAAAAAAAAGAGAAGCAAUAGUAGAAGAAGAGCUCGCUCCAUUCACCAGUGGCUAAAAAAGGUGUAUAAUACAUGCUAUCCUCUAGAAGAUCCCAAGUGUUUGAACCGCUUAGCAGGCGCACUACUUUAGUCGAGUAACGGAUAAAAAGCUUUUGAUAAUAUCCGAAUUUUACCAUGCCGAUUACCCAUGCUCCUGGUCACCCCAAGCGACGGAUCGAUGCCGAGAUCGAAAGCAAAUGAGAGCAACACUUGGUCAAAGCAAGUACAUAGACGAAUACGAUGAAAAUCGCUCCUUUAUAUAUAUGCGUGGAAAAUUAAAAUUUUAAUGGCGUUCUAUGACGGCAAUAAGCGUUACAGAAACUGCGGAUAGAAUAUUUUCCUCGACGGAAUGGUUCGAACUUUUAGCUGGUUCAGAAUUGUCAACUUGGUAGCACUCUACAUUAUAAUUAACAUUUUAUAUCACUACAACAACACGAAGGUUUGUUUGGAUAUAAAAAUCGUAAAAAUUGUAAAACCAUUAUUGUGUUGGGGUUGGGGGAUCUCUUCGAAAAUAUGUUAAUAGUUUGGAAACAUGUGCUACUUGGUGGUUCCCGAUUCAAGUACACCAAUAAAUUGUAUAGAUAAAAAAAGCACA